CCCGCCUACAACGGAAGAGAUCCUUCAAAAAGGUUAAGAGGAAGCCGUCUUCAGGUCAGAAGAGCCGAAUUUUAAUCCUCUGGCCAAAUGGCUGUGUAACCUGAGCCCAGUUCUCCAGCCUCGGUGCCUCGGUUUGUCCAUACUAUGCAGUUGAAAAUUACACGAUUUCUUUUAUUCACGCACACUCACACGGAUGCAGCAAGAAGGAGCUACGUCAAAGCAAUGGAAAGCUGCAGAAAAAACUAGGAUGCCUCGUUUGGUUUUGUGUGAACCGACAGAGCUUUACAACAUCCUGAAUCAGGUCACAAAACUAUCCAGAUUAAUAGAACCCAACUAUCUCUGUUUAUUGGAUGUCCGUUCCAAACGGGAAUAUGACGAGAGCCACGUGAUUACAGCACUUCGUGUGAAGAAGAAAAUGAAUGAAUAUCUUCUCCCGGAGUCUGUGGACCUGGAGUGUGUGAAGUACUGCGUGGUGUAUGAUAACAACACCAGCACUCUGGAGGUACUCUUAAAAGAUGACGAUGAUGGUUCAGACUCGGAUAGUGCUGGCAAAGAUGUCAUGCCUCGAGCAGCCAUUCAGUAUGGCAGGAUCCUGACCCGCCACACCUGCCACCCCGUCUACAUCCUGAAAGGGGGCUAUGAGCGUUUCUCAGGCAUGUACCACUUCUUCCGGACCCAGAAGAUCAUCUGGAUGCCUCAGGAACUGGAUGCGUUUCAGCCAUACCCCAUUGAAAUCGUGCCAGGAAAGGUCUUCCUGGGCAAUUUCAGUCAAGCCUGUGACCCCAAAAUUCAGAAGGACUUGAAAAUCAAAGCCCAUAUCAAUGUCUCCAUGGAAACGGGGCCCUUUUUUGCAGGUGAAGCUGACAAGCUUCUGCACAUCCAGAUAGAAGAUUCCCCAGAAGCCCAGAUUCUUCCCUUCUUACGCCACCUGUGUCACUUCAUUGCAAUUCACCUUCAGCUUGGCUCUGUCAUUCUGAUCUUUUCCACCCGAGGGAUCAGCCGCAGCUGUGCGGCGGCCAUAGCCUACCUCAUGCAUUGUAACGAGCAGACCUUGCAGAGGUCCUGGGCCUAUGUCAAGAAGUGCAAAAACAACAUGUGUCCAAAUCGGGGGCUGGUGACUCAGCUGCUGGAAUGGGAGAAGAUUAUCCUUGGAAGUUUCAUCACAAACAUCACGGAUCCACUCUACUGAUCUCCACGGCCCCAGUGAAGGGUGCUGAAUGGCCUCGCUUGGGGGCUUUUUGUGGGUGGAGGGCCAGAGUGUGUAUACCCAGGCUUGUCUGGAAGAAGGCCUUUGCCACCUGAAAGUCUCA